CUUCCAUUCAGUCUAGAUGACAAUGUGAAAACUAUCGAAGAACGAAUUAGCGAAAAAAUAGGUGUGCCUGCCCACCAGUUAAGGGUAAUUCUAUGUGGACACGCACUAGAAGAAAGCACGUUGAUGAAAGAUCUUUUACUGGGGCCAGCAACGUCGCUCAUCGUUUUCGUGGAAAAUCAACAACCUUCUGUAUCUACAACCGAAAGAGCAAUUAGGAAUGUCCCAUCCCAUCCACCAGUAGCUCGCAAUACUCCAGAUAUUGGAUCUUUCUAUGUUUGGUGCAAGUCAUGUUGCGAUAUCAGAAGAGGUAAAUUGCGAGUCUAUUGUGGUGGAUGCUCUUCUUCCGCAGUGCUGGUCAAAACAGAGCCGUCAUGUUGGAGGGAUGUCACCCGUAGUCAACAAAUUGAGGUGAAUUGCGAAGAUUGCAAGUCAGUGCAGUAUGCAGUGUUCAAGUUCAAAUGCGCCAAAUGUAACGAGGUAUUUCAUCUCUCGAAAAUAACUGCAUAG